GUCCAAGUAGGACUGGACCAAAGGGUGUCAUUUUCGUUCGGGUCUCAGUCCAAAUUUCACUUGAAAUCACUCGGUAAACUCUAACUGAAGUCGUUAUACCAAAUACUUUUUCUAAUAUUUUUUAAGAGAAUCUUUUCACGAUGAAGCAGUUUGCGCUGUCUACCUGCAUCCGCCGUGUUUGGAUCAUGUCCGGUUGGCUGCGGCAGGAGGCUGCUAUAGCUGCUGGCAUGUUGGUGGUGCAACGUGACCAGGUGGAGCGGAGAGAGGAUGAGGAGGAUCUCAAGGUCGAGCACCAGGUGGCAGCCACUGGUGACGAGGUGGGCGUCGACUCCCACGGAAGGCUCCGCCGUGUGCGCAUGCUCGACGACUAUAUCCUGCCCUUUGAAUGCGGCCUCUAAUUUUUCCUGUUCUCCGAUCUGGUGACCUGCUUUAGCGUGUGUCACAUCCUUGAGUUAGUUAGUUCCUCUUCUUAGUAUGAUUUACUGUCCGCGUCUAGGGAGCUCGAAAAGUUAACGAGGUGGGCUCUUCUGCAGAAACAAUCUAUCCAAAUUUUUGUCUACCCACUGAAACAUCAUCGAAGUCGGAUACUCUACCUGGACGGACUACGGAAACUUAAAAAACAUUUUAUUCCAUAAUUGGUUGCUUAAAUGGUUAAAAAAGAUAAAUUGUGGACGAAUCUUGUCAAACUUUGUUUAUGUAAAACAUUUUCUUUUUGAAAAACUGCACUCUUACGCCAAAUAUUUCCGAAUUACAAAUUUAAGAAUAAACGAUAUCUAAAUUAACAAGCUUUAAA